AUGAAAAUAAUCGAAAGAGCCAAAGACGAGUCUAAGUCUAUCUCUUCAGUCGAGGCACUGAUGAUAGUCGAGAGAAUACGCAUGGAAAGGGGCAUGGAGAACAAUGAAGCCUUCCAGGGAAUUCUGAAGUAUCUAAGGACCUGUCCUUCUCCCAGGAACCCGUCGUGGGCUGAAAGAGUCAGAAGAACGCUGGUCAAUGCAGGAAUAUCCGACUAUGAGGCAUCGCUGAUUAUCAAUCUGUCACCAGAGAGACACACAGACGCAAAGGCCCUCAUUCCCUCGCUGAAUAGAAUAGAUAACUAUGCGCUGGACAUUCUGCUAAAUGAAAUCGCAGAGAUACCAACUAACUAG